GGUCUACUUUGUGCUGCGGAAGUAGACAGUGCACGGGUGUCUCCGCCUCCUGUCUCAACUCGAUAACUCGAUUGAGUUCAAUGAGUGGAGAGUGGACAUGAACUAAAGAAUCAAAAUAAACCGAAACAGCUGUCCUUUGGCGCGGGGAAUACUACUCAUUUUUGAUCAGGAGCCUUCACAAAGAUGCAACAAUGACUCAGCCUCCGAGUGAGUUCAUUCCUCCCCCGGAGUGCCCUGUGUUUGAGCCCAGUUGGGAGGAAUUCUGCGAUCCGUUUGCCUACAUCAACAAAAUACGACCCAUUGCGGAGAAAACUGGCAUCUGCAAAAUCCGCCCGCCGCAGGAAUGGCAGCCUCCUUUCGCCUGCGAUGUCGACCGACUCAAGUUCACACCGAGAAUCCAGCGACUCAACGAGCUCGAGGCUCAAACCAGAGUCAAACUGAACUUCUUGGAUCAAAUCGCAAAGUUUUGGGAACUCCAAGGCUCGACCUUGAAGAUUCCUCAUGUGGAGAGGAAGAUAUUGGACCUGUACCAACUCAACAAG